CAAGCUUGACCGACUUUGUCUCAAUCAGCACAAGUUGUCGCUCUUCUUUUACUCUUUAUUGGUUGCGCAGUACAGCGACACCCACGGAAGUGACCAAGAUGGGAAGAAUUGACGUAUUUUGGUGUGACGUAAUGUCCCCGCACCGAGUGAUUCAUUCUGAAGUUGAGAAAUGAUUUAGCCAGCUAUUCUGCUAAUAUACUUAAAGUUUAACAUGACUGUAACCCGGAUGGACGUUAAACUAUCAACUAUAAGCGAAUAAUAGUAUUUUGUAUAUAUAUAUAAGAGAACCAUCCGACCAUGAAGUUGCUACAUAAAGACAUUGAAAAAGAUAAUGCCGGUCAGGUGACCCUGAUGCCAGAGGAGGCUGAGGACAUGUGGCACACCUACAACCUGCUUCAAGUGGGGGACAGCCUCAGAGCCUCCACCAUAAGGAAGGUGCAGACAGAGUCCCAGACUGGAAGUGUGGGCAGCUCCAGAGUUCGGACGACGCUGACAUUAUGUGUGGAGACCAUCGACUUUGACUCCCAGGCCUGCCAGCUGCGAGUAAAGGGCACUAACUUAGAGGAGAACCAGUAUGUCAAGAUGGGGGCUUACCAUACUAUUGAGCUUGAGCUCAACAGGAAGUUCACUCUCGCUAAAAAGAGCUGGGACAGCGUCGUGCUGGACCGAAUUGAGCAGGCAUGUGAUGCGACCCAGAAGGCGGACGUAGCAGCUGUGGUGAUGCAGGAAGGCCUGGCCAACCUGGUGCUGGUGACCCCCGCUAUGACUCUGCUCCGAGCAAAGGUGGAGCUCACCAUUCCUCGAAAGAGACGGGGGAGCUGCACACAGCACGAGAAGGCGUUGGAGCGGUUCUAUGAGGCUGUGAUGCAGGCAAUUCUUCGCCACAUCAAUUUUGAUGUGGUGAAGUGCUUCCUGGUAGCCAGUCCAGGGUUUGUGCGAGACCAGUUCAUGACCUACCUCUUCAAAGAGGCGGUGAGACAGGACAACAAGGUGCUGCUGGAGAACCGACCCAAAUUCAUGGUGGUCCACUCGUCAUCAGGUCACAAGUAUUCUCUCAAAGAAAUCCUCUCUGAUCCCACUGUGACAAGUAGGCUGUCUGAUACAAAGGCAGCAGGAGAGGUGAAAGCCCUGGAGGAUUUCUAUAAGAUGCUGCAGCACGAGCCUGACAGAGCCUUUUACGGACUGGCACAUGUGGAGAGAGCCACUGAGGCCCUCGCCAUCGACACCUUGUUGAUAAGUGAUAAUCUAUUCAGACAUCAGGAUGUUGCCACAAGAAGCCGUUACGUUCGCUUGGUGGACAACGUGAGAGACAAUGGCGGCACUGUCAGAAUAUUCUCAAGCCUUCAUGUGUCUGGUGAACAACUGACUCAGCUGAGCGGAGUUGCUGCCAUCUUGCGGUUUCCCAUCGCUGACCUAUCAGAGCCUGAGGAUAACAGCUCGGACGAAGACUGAUCGGCAGAAAUGUAGCAGAGAGAGGAGAGGACGGUGGUCCAGCGAUAACACAGGAAUACAUAAUGAGAGUGUUGAUUAACAAUAAAGCUGCUGUGAAACUGUCUACAUACCCCACCUCUGCAGCAACUCCCCCUUUAAGUGUAAUCUACACAACCUUUUACCUAAAGUGACCAUAGUUUCAAAUAAUUUGAUGCAGUUUUCGGUGCUUUGAUGCUUUCGGUUUGAAGGUGGGUGAAGUUCAUCAGAAUGCCAAUAAACAGGAAUGUAACAUUU